GGGGCCCGGGCGGGGCGGGAAGCACAGAGCCGGGGCCGCUGUCGCGCGGCGGCGGAGGCGGCAGCUGGGCUCACGGCCGGUCGGGCUCCCUGUCCCCGGCUCCUAGGUCGGGCCGCGCUCGUGAAGCCGCGGGAUCCUCCUCCCUGCCCGACCCCCGCACGGGCGCUGCUUCAAGGAGCAGGUCCCGCGGGCGCCCUGUGGGUGCGGGGGCCCUGCCGCGUGUCCCCGGGGUCCGCCGUACCUGUGCUGCGCGCCGGGGCCUCCCUCGCCCGUGUGCCCUGGUGACCUGGCGUCCGGAGCCUGCCGUGUCGGCCCCGGUGCCCGUGCGGCCGCGGGAAGACGGGCUCUGAGGCCCUGCCGGUGUCCGCGCCCCUGCCGCCCGCUGGCCACAGCCUCUGAGCGGGCCGGCCGCAUCCACAUGGCCUCAGCGCCCAGGGAGCCGGCAGCGGGUGCUUGUGGGGUGUGGGGGCGUCCAGCCGCGGUCCAGGCCCCCCACCCCGCCCGAACUGCCUGCUCUGGACGGGUUCUUUUGUCCCCCCGCUGGCAUGUGUGAAGGGCGGGUCUCUGAAGUCCUGGGGACUGUGCCCGUGGCAGGUCAAGGUCAUGGAUGUCGACUCGGAAAGAGAGAAGAUAGCGAAGGAGAUUGCAGAGCUCGAGCGGAUCCUGGACCCCAACUCCUCGGGCGUCAGAGUGGGCGUCUCAGCAUCCGGCCUGGGCUUGGAUUCCGAUGCAGAUUCGCUGCCAGACGAGGACUCAGAGGCUGCGGGAUCCCCAGGCUCGGAAGAGGAGCAGUGGGGUGAGGCCAGCAACGGUGAGGAUGACCCCAAGGACAAGACCCUGCCCGAAGACCCAGAGACCUGCCUGCAGUUGAACAUGGUCUACCAGGAGGUCAUCCAGGAGAGGCUGGCGGAGGUCAGCCUGUUGCUGGCCCAGAACCGAGAGCAGCAGGAGGAGAUCCUGUGUGACCUGGCAGGGUCCAAAGGCCCCAAGACGAAGGAUGGCAAGAGCCUGCCCCCGAGUCUGUACAUAGGGCACUUCAUGAAGCCCUAUUUCAAGGACAGGGUGACCGGAAUGGGGCCUCCUGCCAACGAAGAGACGCGGGAGAAGGCCGCCCAGGGCAUCAAGGCUUUUGAGGAGCUCCUGGUGACUAAAUGGAAGAACUGGGAAAAGGCCUUGCUCCGAAGGUCGGUGGUCAGCGACCGCCUGCAGCGCCUGCUUCAGCCCAAGUUACUGAAGCUUGAGUACUUGCACCAGAAACGGAGUAGGGUGACAAGCGAGGCAGAGCGGCAGGUCCUGGAGAAGCAGAGCGAGGAGGCAGAGAGGGAGGUCCAGGAGAUCCGGCAACUCCCAGAGGAGGCCUUGCUGGGGAACAGGCUGGACAGCCACGACUGGGAGAAGAUUUCCAAUGUUAACUUCGAGGGUGGCCGCGGCGCGGAGGAGAUCCGGAAGUUCUGGCAGAACUGGGAGCACCCAAGCAUCAACAAGGAGGACUGGAGCGGGCGGGAGGUGGACCGGCUCAAGGCCCUUGCAGCCCAGCACGGCCACCUGCAGUGGCAGGAGAUCGCCAAGGAGCUGGGGACCAACCGCAGCGCCUUCCAGUGCCUGCAGCAGUACCAGCAGCACAACAAGGCCCUGAAGCGCAAGGAGUGGACGCGCGAGGAGGACCGCCUGCUCGCCCAGCUCAUCCGGGAGAUGCGCGUCGGCAGCCACAUCCCCUACCGGAGGAUUGUCUACUACAUGGAAGGGAGGGACUCCAUGCAGCUCAUCUAUCGGUGGACCAAGAGCUUGGACCCCAGCCUGAAGAAGGGGUUCUGGGCUCCCGAGGAAGAUGAGAAGCUGCUUCAGGCAGUUGCCAAGUACGGGCAGCAGGACUGGUUUAAAAUCCGGGAAGAGGUGCCAGGUAGGAGCGAUGCCCAGUGCCGAGACCGGUACGUGCGCCGGCUGCAGGCUGGCUUGAAGAAGGGCCGGUGGGCUGCAAGCGAGGAGGGGAAGCUGCUCGAGCUGAUCGACAAGCACGGCGUCGGUCAUUGGGCAAGGAUAGCGUCUGAGCUGCCCCACCGGACGGGCUCCCAGUGUCUGAGCAAGUGGAAGAUCAUGGUCAGGAAGAAGCAGAGUCGGGGGAGGAGGAGACGGAGGCCCCUUCGCAGCGUGCGGUGGAGCUCCAGCAGUGGGGACAGCAGCAGCGGGGACAGCGGUGGCGAGGGCGGAGGCAGCGGCGGCAGCAGCAGCAGGGACAGUGAGGACUCGGAGCCAGAGGAAGCCCCGGAGGCCCGGGCGGGUGGACAGGAGCUCCCAUCGGCUCAGCACACUGUGCCGGACAUGGACCUGUGGGUGCCUGCCAGGCAGAGCACCAGUGAGCCGUGUGGAGGGGGAGCCCAAGGCUGGCCAGGACUCCGUGCUGCCUCUUCCCGACCCCCCAGGAGCUCCAGCGAGGCUCAGGAGAACAGCAGAGCCAGUCGCCCCACCGAGGAGGCGGGCCAGGCAGACACUCCCUCCGGGACCCACAGCACCAGCACGAGAAGCAUCGGGUGCCCAGAGUCAGUGGACACUCACGUCUCAACCUCAGAGGAGCCAGCAGACAAGAGCGGGAGUCGUCUGCUGAAGGUGCCGCUGGAGACCGUGCUGCAGGCGCUCAGGACCAGCACAGCCCGCCGGCGCCAGACGCUGGAGAAACUGAGGCAGCCGUGCCUGCUCAGCUCAUCCCUGGGGACCAGCACCAGUGACGGUGUGGCCGGGCCCCCUGUACGGCAGCUGUGGCACAGGACGAUUGGGAGCAGGCGGCGGUGGCGGGGACAUGCCCUACAGAGGAGACUCCUUGAGCGUCAACUUCUGAUGGCCGUGAGCCCAUGGGUGGGUGACGUCGUCCUGCCGUGCUCUCCCCGGAGGCCUGCCACCGUACACACCCGAGCCGACAGCAUCAGGAAGCAGUUGGAGGACGCCCGGCUGGCGAGCACCCCUGUGUUUACCCUCUUUAUCCAGUUGCUCCAGAUCGAUACUGCUGGCUGCAUGGAGGUCGUUCGGGAGAGGAAGGCCCAGACUCCGGCCCUGCUCCAGACUGGCACUCGGGACCCAGCGCCUGGGCUGCUGCAGAUGUCGCCGUCGCAGGACGCCGCAGGCCGCGGCCUCCGGAACCCGCCAGCGCAGGAAGCUGUAAGGCAGAGCACCAGCCAAAAAGGGAGCAGGGGCUUGCGGCCCUGCCGAGCCGAGUCCCGUCCGCAGGCGCCCCUGCCGGCUCUGUGUGGCCCCCGCCCCAAGCCCAAGACUGUCUCCGAGCUGCUGCGGGAGAAGCGGCUUCAAGAGGCCCGGGCCAGGAAGGCCACCGUACGCACUGUGGCUCUCCCGCCACAGCUGCUGCUCUCCUCGCCACUGGUGCUCCAGCCCCGUCUCCCAGAGGCGACCCCUAACCCUGCAGCCGCGGGACUAAGUGCGUCAGCUGAGGACAAGCAGCCCUCCGCCUUGCCCGUUGGGGCCCGCUGCCUGGCCUCCACAGAGGCUGCUCCUGCGGCCUGCGGACCUCCGGUUCCCAGCCAGGUCCUCGUGAGCGGCCAUCAGGGCAGCCUGGGACAGUCUCAAGCCCCCGCUGCAUCCCGGAAGCAGGGCCUGCCAGAGGUGCCACUCUUCCUCCCUGCCAGCCCCAGCCCCGUUCAGCUGCCUGUCCAGCCCCUCGGCCUGACACCAGCUCUGGCCACGCACAAGGGUGGGCCACACGUGGCAGCCAGCACCCCUUUGCCUGUCACCUGGGUGCUCACAGCCCAGGGACUGCUCCCAGUGCCAGCCGUGGUGGGCCUUCCUGGGCCAGCAGGUACCUCUGACCCCAAAGGACUGUCAGUGCCUCUGCUGCCCACCCUGCCUGGGAUGCAGGCGGGCCAGGGCCCCAGGCCCCCUGGGCUCAGCCACCCUUGGCAGCCCCUAGCCAGCAUGGACACAGGCUCAGAUCCUCCCUCUAGGACAGACCUCUCGACCCUUCCGAGGUUCUGCCAAUCCCAAAGUUCUGUGGAAGUGGGCGGUGACGGGUCCCGUGCCCAUGGGGGAUCUUCCUUCCCUGGAGAGGCCCAAGUGGCCAGGGAAAUAGCUGUGCCCAGGAUACUCUCUCAGACGACCAUUACAGCUGAUCACCUUGAAGCAAGACCCCCCUCAUGCAACCGGCCACCUCUGCAAGUGGGCACUGGCCCUGGGAGUGGCCCAGGAGGGACAUCGGGGUCCCCAGGGCCAGGGGGACUCACAGGGCCUCUGGGCCUGGAAAAGCUACCCCCACCCCGGCCUGGGGCUGAGAGGGGUACCCUGGACCUGGACCUCCUAUCCCAGGAGAGCGAGGCAGCCGUGCGGGAGUGGCUGAGGGGACAGCAGGGGGUGUGUGUUCCCCCACUAGGGACCAGGCUGCCCUACCAGCCCCCCGCCUUGUACAGCCUCCGGGCCUUGUCUGGACUCCUGCUCCACAAGAAGGUCUUGGAGCGGAGAGCCGCCUCCCUCAUGUCCAGCAGAGCGGCUGGGGCCCUGCAGGCCUCACUGGGACAGGUGCACCGGCAGCUCCGGGACAGCCCGGCCUACCUGCUGCUGAAGGCCCGCUUCCUGGCCACUUUCACCCUCCCCGCACUCCUGGCCACCCUGUCUCCACACGGCGUCCCCACCACCCUGUCCGUGGCCACAAGGGCUGAGCCCGAGAGCGAGGGUGACCUGGGGGAGCUGGAGCUCACAGAUGGCUGCUCCGCAGGCGCUCCUCAGGCAGGGCCGGAGGUCUCUCCCCCCACUCAGGGAGCCCCAGACCCUGGGCAGGGCUCUGACUCUUCCUGCCUAGACAGUUUUGACAACCUUGAUGUGCUGAGAACUCGGCAUUCCUGGCACGCCCGGAAGAGGAGGCGGCUGGUGUGAGCACAGGGAGGCAGGAGCUGUGCUGGACCCUGGUGAGCCCACCCACCCAGAGAGCCCCGCACCAACGCUUCCAGAGAAACAGCCAAAGCAGCUGAAGGCUGGGGAGGCUCCGCCAGCAGGGACCGUGCGACCACAGGGGUUGGCUGGCCCUCGGGCAUAAAUUGGGAUGUUUGAAGGAAUAAAGGAAUAGCUAAUUUUUUUAUUAAAAGGCAAGCCCCAGGCUCUUGUGAUGUCCUGAGAGACUGGGCAUGUGCAGAGGGUUGGGGCCUCCUCUGGCCGUGCCCAGAGCUGGCUGGCUGGGCCCUGAGUCUGAAGAGCCCCUUGAACCCCAGGCCUCAGUGUUGGGUGUGGGGGGCCCUUUCCACAAGACGCUCUUGUACCUUGGACCGAGGGACCUGCCGCGAGCUCCCAGGUGGCCGCUGGUCUUGGUGUGGCUACGGGGACUGGAAUGGACCCACCGCGCUUCCUUCUGGACCACACUGCCCACCGAGGUGGGUGCCUGGAAGCAGCGACAGCCUGGCUGCCCACAGAGCCGGCAGCAGCCCCAGGCCAGCCCGCCUUCCUCCCUUGUGGCUGCUGCUUGGCAGGAGCCCAAGCCCCAGCCCCUCCACGGCUCUGAGGGAUGCUCAGCUCUGGUCUCGGUGUACAGCCUUUCAGGGCGCUUGGUUCUAGAGGCUUUGUUCCUGCGUUCCCUGCGUGACCCUCCCCCGGGCGCCCCGUCCUCCACCUGCGGGGGUGCCCCCCCCACGCAGCCUUGGGAACACGCUUUCGCUUUCCAGCCUGCACCGGCACUGUUCCGGCUCGCGGCUGCUUUUCCGCGGGCGACUUUGGCCAUGUGGUUAUUUAGAGGUUUCUGUGUAAUUUUCAAAUGUUUAGGGAUUUUCCAGUUAGUGUUUUGUUACGGAUUUCCAGUUCCUGAUAACACAACAUGACGUUUCCAUCGUUGAGUUUCUACAAACACCCACUGUGACAGGGACACUGGUGGUCGCAGUUCCAUCAAGGGCCCAGAACCAGCUGCUCCUGGAAGCCUGAUGUCAGCCUCUGUCCUCCCGGAGAUCCGCGGGGGUGGGGGGUGGGCGUCAGGCUGCCCGCGCCCGCCGGACUCAGAUGCUCCGGAGGCCCAGGGACGGAGAAUGGCAAGCCCGCGGGCGGGGACCUGGUGCGGUGAGACGCACCGCCUGGGGUGGUGGAGCCGGAGCCCUGGUCUGGACCGUCUCUGCUGGCCCGACCUCUGCCGGCCCGACCUCUCCCUAGCUGUUGCCUCCGCCUGGCAGCUGGCGUCUCCAGCUGGUGAGGCACUGGCCUGGGCUUUCCCCGGCAUGAUCUGCCCUGACGGUCGGCCCGACCUCUGCUGGCUGGGGAACAGCCCUUCUGAAAGCAGUUUGUGUGGUGUCGGGGUCCCAGGAACCUGCUGCAGAGAGCUGGCUGAGGGGAGACGCUUCCUGGAAGGGACGGGCUAGUGCUGUGCUGGCUGUGGUGCGGGCUGGAGACCAUGGGGGACAAGCGUGGCCAGGUCCCUGGCCUGCCGGCCGCAGCGGCCUUUCCAGCUACAUGCCCUCUGGACGCUGCACGGCAGCCCUCCUAGGAUCAAGUCCCUGCGGUGGGCGGCUGCACGUGUAGGCCCCGGCAGAGCGCCCGGAGCUGGGACCCCCACCCUCCUCUUACAGGUUGCCCGCACUGCUGGUUCCCAGCCAGCCCCUGCUGGAGAAGCCUCCGGAAGCCGGCGUCCAGGCCAGAGCAGACUGGACGGUGCACUGGUCUCCAGCUCCAGGGAGGGUCUUUGCUCACACUUCCACUUAGUGGGCGCCAGGGCUGGGCCUCCAGGCCUCCGAGCAAGACUUCCACUUCCCUCCGCCCCGCCUCCCGGGCCCUGCCAGGCCGGCGAAUCAGAAGGCGGGCCCCGGGAGCGGCUCCCUCCGGGAGGACCUGCCGGGCUCCGUGGAGCUCCCCAGCACCGUCAGGAGGGCACAGUUCUCCCGGGCUCUGCCAGCUGCACCUACUCCCGCUCAUCGGACCAGGGUGGCCCAGGCUGACCCACACCCCCCUGCGCAGGGACCCCUCCAGGACCUUGAG